AUGCUGAACCAAAUGGCUUUUCGAACAGCUCGCGUCGGCGGUGGCUUGCGGACGUCGUUUCUGCAGCGGCGAGCUCUCCAUGCGUGCCACAUUGCCCGAGCGGUGAUUCCGUUCAAGUUGGCGGACAUUGGAGAGGGAAUCAAGGAGUGCGAGGUGAUCCAAUGGUUUGUAGAGCCCGGAGCCCGAAUCAACGAGUUUGACCAAAUCUGCGAGGUGCAAAGCGACAAGGCUAGCGUGGAGAUUACGUCCAGAUACACUGGAGUGAUCAAGAAGCUCCAUUAUGACGCUGGUGACAUGGCCCUUGUGGGAAAACCCCUAGUCGAUAUUGACACGGGAGAAGGCGGAGAAGGUGCAUCUGAGGUGGCUGCCGAGUCAUCCGAUGCGGCCCCUUCCACAGCAGCAGCUACCCCAGCCACACCCCUUACGGCGUCCGCUUCCGUGGCCUCUUCGACAGCCACCACAGUCUCCUCUGACCCGAGCAAGGCCUACCAAAAAGCGCUGGCCACCCCAGCCGUCCGCCGACUUACCAGAGAGCUCGGAAUCGACAUUGCCUCGAUCAAGGGCUCCGGAAAGGGCGGCAGAGUCAUGAAGGAGGAUGUUCUGAGCUACCAGAAGGGUGGCUCUGCAGUCUCUGACUCGGCAACAGGUUCUGUGACUGCUGCUACAACCACUUCUACGGCUGGCUCUCGACUCGUUCCCCUCACACCUACUCAGAUGGGAAUGUUCAAGACCAUGACCAACUCUCUGUCCAUUCCCCACUUCCUGUACACCGACGAAGUGUGCCUGGACAAGCUCAUGGAGCUGCGAGCAUCCGUCAACUCUCUACUCGCCAAAUCGCCCUCCAACGGCGUCUCAAAGAUUUCCUAUAUGCCCUUCUUCAUCAAGGCUCUUUCUCUGGCCCUGAAGGACUACCCCAUGGUUAACGCCAAGGUCGAUCUUUCAGGAGACAAGCCUGCCGUGCUCAUGCGAGAUUACCACAACAUCUCCAUCGCCAUGGAUACCCCCAACGGUCUGCUCGUGCCCACCAUCAAAAACGUGCAGGACAAGACCAUUGUGGAGAUCGCCGCGGAUCUGCAGCGGCUGCAGGAGCUCGGCAUGGCAGGCAAGCUGUCUCGUGACGAUCUCACCGGCGGCACCAUCUCUAUCUCCAACAUUGGCAAUGUGGGAGGAACCUAUCUCUCUCCUGUCAUUGUGUCUGAACAGGUGGCUAUUGUGGGUCUUGGAAAGGCCCGAAAGCUGCCUCGGUAUAACUCCCAGGGCGACAUUGUGCCCGAGCAGAUCAUCAAUGCCUCUUGGUCAGGUGACCAUCGGGUUCUGGAUGGAAUGACCAUGGCGUUGAUGGCGGAUAAGUGGAAGGCGUAUGUGGUGGACCCUAAGGCGAUGUUGCUGCAGUUGAGAUAA